GCAACGGAAGCAGGAACUGGGUAACCACAAACCGGGGCCUGGGCGGGAGCUGUGGAGCCGCCCAGGCGUCCUCACCAGAGCCCCUCGCGGAGCUGCCGCUGCUUCCCCGAGAGCGCUGGGCUGCCCUGCGCCGGGAGGGCAGCCGGGCCCGGUCCUCCCGUCUCCAGGGAGAAAUUCCAUCUUCUGUACAAUCUUCUUGAAGCAAACUCAGGCCAGAAGGAGUUACCCAAUCUUUGGAGACUAAGACUAAACUAAAAUUUAAAAUGUUCUUCCGGGAAGGAUCGAGCUUAAUUUACACUUCUGUAAUCAUUUGUUUCCUAACACUAAGACUGUCCACCAGUCAGAACUGCCCCACCGAGAGCCUAGAGGAUGUGGUCAUUGACAUCCAGUCAUCCCUUUCCAAGGGAAUCAGAGGCAAUGAGCCCAUACAUACAUUAACUCAAGAAGACUGCAUUAAUUCUUGCUGCUCAACAAAAAACAUAUCAGGGGACAAAGCAUGUAACUUGAUGAUCUUCGACACUCGAAAAACAACUAAACUACCCAACUGCUACCUGUUUUUCUGUCCCAAUGAGGAAGCCUGUCCCCUGAAACCAGCAAAGGGACUUAUGAGUUACAGGAUAAUUAGAGAUUCUCCGUCUUUGGCCGGAACUGAUUUGCCCAGCCAAGAGGUAGCCCAGGAAGAGUCCCUCUUCCGUGGCAGGUCUUCGCAGGCCGUCACUCGCACGCCCCCUCCUCCGACAGGUGAUUCGAAGUCCACGGUCUCAUGGGGAGAUGCGUUUUCUCAGAAGUUUGGAUCCUCAGAUCACGUGGAGAAACGACUCCAGAUUGAUCCGGAGAGUCCACACGUGACUGUUUAUGAAGAAAAAGACCCCUCUCAGAAGUCACCGUCUUCCUCAGAACAAACAGUAGCUCAUCUGCUGCCUGAAAACGGGACAGUGUUCCCUACUACGGUGGCCGUUGCUUCUCUGCACACCAUCCCGGCCACUCCAAAGCCUGCAUCUCUCCCUGCCGCCAACACUGCGGUGAUGCCUUCUGUGACUUCUCAGCCUCCAGGGGCCACCUCCGCCCCACCUGUAGCCAUGGUCACUAACAUGACCACAAUCGAGGUUCCAACUUCCAUCUUUAGGGCAUCGACAGACUCGAAAGGCCCACCAGACAUGGUGCCCUUUAGAGACAUUUCCAACCUGACUCUGAACGCAGAAGCUACCAGGCACCCCGCUACAUUUCCUUUGUCCAAUGUGGAUUCUCCUGCUACAAAUACAACAGCUUCCCAAGAAGAUGGAAAGGCCAGUCCCGGAGGCCCCUCUCUGAGCAGCGCUCCAGGAAGCCGGCACGGCCUUGCAUUUGAACAGUGGCUCCUGGUUGGGACUGUGCUCUUCGGGGUCCUGUUUCUCGCCACAGGCCUGGGUCUCUUGGGCAGGACGCUCUUAGAAUCCCUCCGCAGGAAGCAUUACUCGAGGCUUGAUUAUUUGAUCAAUGGCAUCUAUGUUGACAUCUAAGGUGGACACUAGAUGUCUGUCUGUCUCUUUUGUUUUUUUGGCAGGGGCAUACAGGAUCUUAGUUCCCUGACCAGAGAUCAAACCCUUGCCCCCUGCAGUGGAAGCCAGGAGUCUUAACCACUGGACUGCCAGGGGGGCCCCUAGACGUCUCUUGAUUCAUGUAGUGACUAGUACCCCCAACGCAGCUCAUCUGCAAGGCUUUUCAAGUAUUUUUGAAGACAGGCAAAGAUGCCUCCUACUGCUUUCUUUUUGCUUGUUCUUUGAAGAGAAGGGGGAAAGAAACAAACUGGAUGAUUUGCGGGAUCUGUCUCUAAAAUAUUAGCUGAAAACAAAGCUCUACCUAAAGCAAUAAAGAAUAAUUGCCACAUCAAUUGGAAAACGACUGGCUUUUUACAAAGAAAAAGGGUUAGGAGUCCUAGGCUCCAAUUCAUUAAUAUUUCUGGUUCCAGAUAAAGUCGACUGUUUAUGAUAUUAAUUCUAAUGGAUUUACUUUCCUUUUUAUAUGAAUUCCAAUAAAACUUAUUCCAGAUGUAUUUCCUUCCAAUUAAAUAUUUGAAUAAA